CGCUGACCAAUCGGCGCGCGCAGUUGGUUUGGCGGGUUCAGCUCGCGUCUUCGCUGUGGCUUUUCUUCGCCUUCCGCCACCACCACCAGCACCCUCACGUCUCGCCCCAACUCGAUCGCUCGCUGCCACCCGUCCCUUUGCCUUCUCUUUCAAACCGCGGCCUCAACCUCGCCCACCCCUCCAUCCACUUUUACCUUCGCACGCCGUCAAAUUGCUCGCCGGCGAGGAUUUCCCCCCUCAACGAGACCCCGUCCACGCCCACGUCCUGCCCACUCCACGGCACGUUGCCACCCGCUCUGCGUGUUGCAUUGACGCGCGGUCACACUUGCUUAAUUGGUGUGGUUUAUUUUUUUGUUCCUCCUUGUCAUUCGCGAGGUCGACGCCGAUUUUCGUUGGUUUGCGAUGGCCGUCAAUGUUCACGCCACGUCGGUGACGACAGACAACCUCUCCCGGCACGACAUCAUCAACUGGAUCAACGAGACACUGCAGCUGCAGUACAGCAAGAUCGAGCAGCUCUGCUCUGGUGUGGCAUACUGCCAGUUCAUGGACAUGCUGUUCCCCGGCUGCAUCUUGCUGAAGAAGGCCAAGUUUCAGGCCAAGCAUGAGCAUGAAUAUCUGCACAACUUCAAGCUGUUACAAGUCGCCUUCAAGAAGAUGGGCGUGGACAAGGUGAUACCGGUGGACAAGCUGGUGAAGAGCAAGUUCCAGGACAACUUUGAGUUCGUGCAGUGGUUCAAGAAGUUCUUCGACGCCAACUACGACGGCAAGGAGUACGACCCGUUGGGCGCGAGGCACGGCAUGCAGGGCCCGGUGGCGUCUGGCAGCGCCGAGCAGCUGGCCCCAAAGACCCGCAAGCCGGUCUGCCAAACCGCCCCGCGCAUGGUACCGGUCCAGCGCAUGGGGGCAGCCUCCCCAGCGACCCAGGCCAGCACAGGGCCCCGGAGGCCGCCGGCUGGGGGGGCGGCAGCACGCAACGGGUGCGGGGAGGACCCGGCAGUGGCGGAGCUUGGGCAACAGCUUACAGACUUGAAGGCCACUGUGGAGACGCUGGAGAAGGAGCGAGACUUUUAUUUUGGAAAGCUGCGCGAGAUCGAGGUUCUGUGUCAAAACAACGAGGAUAAGACGCCCGUUAUCAGCAGCAUCUGCGACAUCCUCUACGCCACGGAGGAUGGGUUCCAGGUGCCGGAAGACGAGGUGGAGGGAGAGCAGGAGUCGUACUAAACACUGCACACGCCACCGCGGCGGCCACACCGCGUGGGACGCCGCACGGGACACGCGGGUCGCCACGCACGCACCGCACCGAGCCAAACCUAUCGCACACCACCACCACGCGCCACACCGAGCCAAACCUAUCGCACACCACCACCACGCGCCACACCGAGCCAAA